AUGGGGAGGUCGCCGUGCUGCUGCCAUGACGCCGGAGUGAAGAAAGGGCCGUGGACGGAGGAGGAGGACAAGGCGCUGGUGGAGUACAUCCAGAGGCGGGGCGGGCACGUCGGCAGCUGGCGCGGCCUGCCCAAGGCCUCCGGCCUCAAUCGCUGCGGCAAGAGCUGCCGCCUCCGGUGGACCAACUACCUCCGCCCCGACAUCAAGCGCGGCAACUUCACCGACGACGAGGAGCGCCUCAUCAUCAGCCUCCACGCCGCCCUCGGCAACAAGUGGUCGACGAUUGCGACGCAGCUGGAGGGCCGGACGGACAACGAGAUCAAGAACUACUGGAACACCCACAUCCGGAAGAAGCUCCUGCGCAUGGGCGUCGACCCCGUCACGCACCAGCAGCUACCGCCGGACCACAUCAUCGACGGCGCCUCCCCCUCCGGCACCCUCCUACCCGAGUCGCUCCUCUGGGCCGCGGCGGCCGCGGCCCUCGGCGGCGGCCUGGACACGGCCGCCAUCAUGCAGGCGCAACUGCUACAGCAGCUGCUCCACGCCAUCGGCUCCAACAACAACAGCACUAACCUCAUCGCCAACCUUGCUGCAUCAAACGCAAUGCUCAACUCAGGCGGCGGCAUCGUUCCGAACCUUGUGCUCCAGGACCAGAUGAACAUGUUGUCGAUUGGCGCGAACUACCUGCAGCCGGGUUACCUCUGCAACAUCUCGAGUCUUGCAGGACAAGACAUGGUCCAGCAGCAACAGCAGCAGCAGCUAAUCAGCUCUCCAGCUCCAGGAACAAGCUCCUCUGCAGGAGUUGAGCCGGCCGAUCAGCACCGUGAUACUGCCGCUGGAUUCGCAUCACAUGAUGUUUCCCCGGCGGCUGACAGGGCGCCAGUGGAGGAGUUCGCCGGCUUGCUGGAGCCCAUGAUGGACAUGCCCGGUCUGUGCUCUCUGGAGAGUGACUCUUUCUGGAAUGAUAUACUGAAGGACAGUUACGGUUUCUAG